AUGUCUGCUCGCCAACGUCGUCCCGCUGAGAGCUAUCAAAAUGCAUCGAAUUCGUCUCAGCCUGCUGCUAUAGCUUCUGCAGUUCUCGAGAAGCCGCCGGAGGUCGUGAAAAAACUUCUUCAUUGGGACGACCUGCCGCAUUGGCAACGUGAUAAUCACCACAUCCACACGGGAUACCGACCAGCCUCGUUCUCGUUUCUCGUGUCCUUUCAGUCUCUCACGUACCUCCACAACGAAACAGUCAACAUCUAUACUCAUCUUCUGCCAUCACUGCUGUCUAUUCCCGCUGCGUACUUACUGUACCAGGAGCUUGUUCCUCGCUAUGGGACUGCCACAAGGGACGAUAUCAUUGCCUUUAGUUGCUUCUUUGCAGGAGCUGCCUUCUGUUUGGGGAUGUCGGCAACAUAUCAUACCAUUUCAAAUCACUCCCCGCUAGUCGCUCGCAUAGGAAAUACCUUUGACUAUGUCGGGAUCGUAGGCCUUAUUGUGGGAAGCUUCGUGCCAAGCGUCUACUAUGGUUUCUACUGCGUCCCAGCCCUCCAACGGCUGUACUGGACGAUGAUCUGCACUAUUGGUCUUGGCUGCGUUAUUGUCUCGGUUCUCCCCAAGUUCCGGACGCCUCAGUGGCGGCCUUUCCGCGCAGCCAUGUUUGUCGGCAUGGGUCUGUCGGCGGUGUUUCCUGUGCUCCACGGGUUGCAAAUGUUCGGAUUCGACCAGAUGACGCGCCAGAUUGGGCUCGGAUGGCUUCUUCUGCAGGGGUUCCUUUACAUAUUGGGGGCUACAAUCUAUGCAGCUCGAGUUCCUGAACGUCUGCGGCCGGGCAAGUUCGAUAUAUUGGGAAGCUCUCACCAGAUCUUCCACGUACUAGUGGUUUGCGCUGCUGUGGCUCAUUUGACUGGCCUACUCAAAGCAUUCGACUACCGACAUAGUGGGAUUGCAGGAAGCUGUCUGUUAGAGACCAACUGA